CGUGCGCGCACUUCUCUGCUGAAAAAAAUCAUUUCCCGUUUUGAAUAGCGCGGGCGUUAACGUCACACAGUCCGGGGAAUCGUUAAUUAGCCUUGCCUGCAUCCUGAGGUAAAAUGACCUCACCGUAGACGCCGAGGCCAAGAAGUUAGGGACAGUCGAAAAGUUGUCCAUCAUCUGAGAACAUCUUGAGGAUUCUCCUGACGCCAUCCUGCAGCACACUUGAUUUCCGCAAGAGGGCGCCCCAUCCCGUUCUACCUCCCUUUUCAACACUGCAGCCCGACCGACAAGAUGGGUUAGACGCAUUGCACAACUCCGCCGGGCCUGGGUGCCUCCAGGGGCACUUUAGGACCAAAGACUCUGCCACAGAGAACUUUUAUCGUUUUGUUUAUUACAGACUUCACCGAUCUUCACCGAUAAUGUUCUUCGUUCUUGCAAGUUUAUGUGGAUUUCAUUGAAGGCAACAACUGGAUUGAUCAAGCCGCCCCCCUCCCACAGUCAGCACAGUGUCGUCAGGUGGUGAAGAAGUCGUGAAAAGUCAUUCGAACUGUUGUUUAGUACUUAAGGAACACAAACCAACAUGUAUAUGAACAACGUGAAGAAGGAAAGUCCUGCCCUGCACCAGCAGAAAUACUCUAUCCGUGGACGUCGCCACGUCCCCACACCUGAAGCCGUCCCACCGUCCUCUCUCCUAGAUGCCCCCCCACUGCCUCCUGUCCUCCUGCCCUCACCACCAAAACAGCCUCUACCUGAGUCAAGGUACCGCCGACCAAAACACCUGGUCACAAACCUGAACAAGAGACAGCCAGCUCCUAAGAGAGGAUUCACGGCAGUAAACAGGUAUGCCAAAGUUCCCACACACCCAGACGAAAAUGCGAUGGUGGUUGAAGAGUAUAGAAAAAGAUUAGCUGACAUCAAGCAAAAACAGAACAUGAUGGGAGAGCGCAGGACAGGCCCAAUGAGACCCUCCAGACAGACAAAGAACCCAGCUCCUGUCUCCAUGAUGGUGGGCUCUCGGGAGAAUGAGAAAAACAUGACAGAGAGGGAGCCCUACAAGAGGAGGAUGGAGUCUAAGAACGGAGACAAGGAGUCUGAGAAGAAAGUGCAAGAGUCCUUGCAAGUUGCAAAAUCAGAGGAGCCCUACAAGAGAGAGAAGAUGUCUAUUAAGAAGAAAGUGCAAGAGUCCUUGCAAGUUGCAAAAACAGAGGAGCCCUACAAGAGAGAGAAGACGUCUAUUCAGAAGAAAGUGCAAGAGUCCUUGCAAGUUGCAAAAACAGAGGAGCCCUACAAGAGAGAGAAGACGUCUAUUAAGAAGAAAGUGCAAGAGUCCUUGCAAGUUGCAAAAACAGAGGAGCCCUACAAGAGAGAGAAGACGUCUAUUAAGAAGAAAGUGCAAGAGUCCUUGCAAGUUGCAAAAACAGAGGAGCCCUACAAGAGAGAGAAGACGUCUAUUCAGAAGAAAGUGCAAGAGUCCUUGCAAGUUGCAAAAACAGAGGAGCCCUACAAGAGAGAGAAGACGUCUAUUAAGAAGAAAGUGCAAGAGUCCUUGCAAGUUGCAAAAACAGAGGAGCCCUACAAGAGAGAGAAGACGUCUAUUAAGAAGAAAGUGCAAGAGUCCUUGCAAGUUGCAAAAACAGAGGAGCCCUACAAGAGAGAGAAGACGUCUAUUCAGAAGAAAGUGCAAGAGUCCUUGCAAGUUGCAAAAACAGAGGAGCCCUACAAGAGAGAGAAGACGUCUAUUAAGAAGAAAGUGCAAGAGUCCUUGCAAGUUGCAAAAACAGAGGAGCCCUACAAGAGAGAGAAGACGUCUAUUCAGAAGAAAGUGCAAGAGUCCUUGCAAGUUGAAAAAACAGAGAAGGAGCCCUACAAUAGAAUGGAGGAGUCUAAGGACAUAGAUAAGGAGUCUAACUCUAAGAAGAAAGUAGAAGAGUUGUCACAAGUUGAAAAAACAAAGGCCAGAAAAGUUCGCAAGGCUAAAUCUGUGCCAACCUCAUGGCAUGAGGAGAGAUGUCAAUCAACACCAUUGGAGUAUGAUAAUUGGAUGGAUCAAAUAGUGGCAGAAAACCAUUCUUCACCACCUGCAGGAGCUCUCACAAGCACAAUGAUCAGGGAAGUAGAAACAAGUCUCAAAGCGAUCAAUGAGAAGAAGAAGAGGAAAACAUCACCCCACGACAUAGCAAAUGUUGGUCAAGGUAAUACAUGUAUGAGUGAAGUAGACACCCCUGACUUGAAGGAGGACAUCCAAGCACAGAGCUGUAACAGGGCAUCAUCACAUCAUCUAUACCUCAACUGGGAGGAUCCCACACCCACGAUGGACAGCUGUACAUGUCCCAACUGCAGGGAGGACCCCACACCCACGAUGGACAGCUGUACAUGUCCCAACUGCAGGGAGGACCCCACACCCACAAUGGACAGCUGUACUUGUCCCAACUGCAGGGAGGACCCCACACCCACGAUGGACAGGUGUACUUGUCCCAACUGCAGGGAGGACCCCACACCCACGAUGGACAGGUGUACUUGUCCCAACUGCAGGGAGGACCCCACACCCACGAUGGACAGCUGUACUUGUCCCAACUGCAGGGAGGACCCCACACCCACGAUGGACAGCUGUACUUGUCCCAACUGCAGGGAGGACCCCACACCCACGAUGGACAGCUGUACUUGUCCCAACUGCAGGGAGGACCCCACACCCACGAUGGACAGCUGUACUUGUCCCAACUGCAGGGAAGACCCCACACCCACGAAGGACAGCUGUACUUGUCCCAACUGCAGGGAGGACCCCACACCCACGAUGGACAGCUGUACUUGUCCCAAUUGCAGGGAGGACCCCACACCCACGAUGGACAGCUGUACUUGUCCCAACUGCAGGGAGGACCCCACACCCACGAUGGACAGCUGUACAUGUCCAAACUGCAGGGAGGACCCCACACCCACGAUGGACAGCUGUACUUGUCCCAACUGCAGCAUGCCCGCACAGUCUGGAUAUUGGAGCAGGGAAUUUCUUAGUAACACACCCACAAUUGAGAGAGGACAAGACAGUGACAUGGAGGAGGAAAGCCAGGCACAGAGCUUGUACAGUACCUCGUCACAGUCUAUAAACCUGAGCAGUUGGGACAGCACAUCCACAAUGGACUUUGAAAAAGUCGUUGGAGUGCGUUUCUUUGACAGUGAGCAGGCAAAAAGACAGGGCUGGUUCCGCACAACUGGACACCUGAGUAGGGAGGACAGCACAACCCUGAUGGAGAAAGACUGGAAGCUCCACAUCAGAAGAGACAUGCUUGUGUAUGAGGAGAUACUCACAGAGACACCUGUCCAGGGGGAAACAACCAACAAGAGGCACCAGCCCAGAAAGGUCUACAUCAAAAGAGAAAUGCUAGAGGAGAUGCUUGAAGAGAUUAAAACUGACACCAGCAGGGAUGACGGUAGUCCUCACAGCAAGACUCCCGUCCAGGGUGAGACAACCAACAACAGACACCAGGACUGGAGAGAUGAGCUUGAGGAGGUUCUUGAGAAGAUGUACACUGCAGACUCCAACUGGGAAACACCUGGCGUCAGCCUCCCUUCCAUAGGAGAUGGCAAAGGUGUUCUGUCAACUGCUGUCCAAACCAACCACUCUGAGGAGGAAAUCGGAACAACCUUACCCCAACUGAAGUUUGGCACCAAACAAGUGGGGAAGACCACAUCAGAGACCGUCGCCUUUAAACAACCGGGCGACAAGUCUAAAGUCCGCAGCACCAAGCGGCGCCAGAAGACUGACCGCAACGCGCUGAAGGACAAGAAGUCCCAAAAACGGCGCCGUGACCUCCCUGACCUCUCGUUACCUGGGAACUAUAGAAGUCAUUGUCAGUUAUUGUAACUAUACUUGUGUGUAUGUUUGUAUGUAUGUAUGUAUGUAUUUAUGUGUCUAUGUACUGUAUUUAUGUAUCUGUGUAUGCAUGAAUGACAAUUUAUUUCCGUGUCUUGCCCUUUUACACGCCCUGGGCCCAUGAUAGCUAAUGAGACACUUUAUUGAUGUCACAUAUAUCAUUCAACAAUAUAUUACAAGGACAGUGGUACAGAUAAACAAAAUCAAUAAGUAUCAAACAAAAAGGUAACAGAACAGACAUCAAAUCCUCGGUACGGAUAAUUACAGUCCAUAAUUCUUGAGCCCAGAUUUUAUAAAACCCCAAAUAUGCUUUAUGUAAAGGAAACAAAUUUUAAAGAUCUUCCAUAUAUAGCGGCUGCCAUAUUUCAGCUUUGUGAAACUGCAUGUUUUGACGUAGACGGCUUGUCGUGUGCUAGCAUGUUAUUAUUACUGUACACAGCACAGUAUAGUGUUUAGUGUUUAGAUACAGACCAUGCUAAAAGACCAGAAUAAUAGAUGAUUUUCUGUACCUUAUUUUACAGUCCCAGAAGGAAUAUUUAAACACAAUAAUGUUGUAAAGUCAUCAUGUUAUAGGUCUCAGUAUGAGUUUCUACUUCUUACUCUACAAGUCCAGAUAUGAUGUUCAGACACAUAUUAUGCUGGAAAGACAAAAUUGUUACAAUUUAUUUCACCUUAUUGUUUAGCACCAGUUAGAAUGUUUAGCACCAAAAUAUGCUAGUGACAGAAUGUUAAAUAAUCAUUGUGAUAGGUCCAUGUUAUUCUGAACACUACAACAGUUCCUACAGGUUUUACACAUAUCCCUACAGAGGUGUAACAGGCAGUGGACUAGUCUUCAGA